CUCUGAGAUUACUAGAUUAGUAAACCUUGUAUUUUUGCACCGCAUUAAAUAGUGCAGUUCGUUUUCGACCUCCGGCGUUUAAAUCGCAUGCAAUGUUGACAAAUUAUUUUAUCGUACGGAACAUUGCUAUGUUUCAACAGCUAAUCUAUGUCUAUGAGCUGAAAUUUGAGCUGAAAUUCUGAGCUUUGUAUAACAGCUCGAUGAUAUAAAUUUAACAUUACUAUAAUUUCAGAAAUAUAUAUUUUUCAAAUCCAAAUAACAGACGAAUUUUUGGAAUCUAUAAAACCAAUCAAAGUUCUUCCUAAAUCCUCUAAUUUUAACUUGCCUUGAUUUCCACCUUGUUGAAUCUGGUCUUUCUCGUAAUAGUACUCUUUUAAUGUCAGAUACUUAAUUUCCAAAUACACGUGUUUCCUGUACUCUAGGCCAGUGAAGUUGAAGCAAAUUUACGAGAUAAAGCAAUGAGCUGGUUACGUGUGUUAAAUGAAAACUUCCGUCUACAGCCCGAAUCGUUCGUUUUAGCUGUUCAUAUAUUUGACAAGUUUUUGCUAACAACAAAGGUAAAGUAUAAUUAUGAAUUUGUAUCUCAUGUUUUCACCAACUUAAUAAGUAGGAAAAUUUUCAGGGACAUAUUUCAGUUUUCAUACGCCCGUUUUCAAAAUUAUGAGACCAACCCGUUUGUUUAUGAAUGUAUAGCUUUGCGAGCAUCUAUAUAUAAAUAAUUGGGAAUGACUCUCAAGACGUCUUAGAAUUUAGUGAAGAGAUGAUUUAGGGAUUUUAGUGGAUGAAAGUAUUGGAAGUUUAGAAAACGGACAAAGUAUGGUGUUUAUUUUGUUAAUUGGAGUAAUUUUUCCUAUUUUCAUGUAUAUAUAGGUCAGAGUGAAGUAUUUGCGUUGUGUAGCCAUUACGGCUUACUUCAUAUCCAUCAAAGCAGUCGAGGAAGACGAGGUAAAUCAUUUAAGAAUCCGUUUUGGUUCCCGAUUUGAGGGGAGGGGGGCGUAAGUUAAAACGGGUGACACAUAAAUUACGUUGCAACUUGUUUUCUAAAAUGUAGCCUAUGUCAAUCGAGCUGUAGUCCAUCACGUAGGCCAGCUUAAAGGCUGAUUGCAGUUGGUAGGGGGAAAUAUUCCCAAAAGAUACGUUUGUUCACAACUAAAAUCUAUCAAAUUAAAAUACUGUAUGCCCACACUAUGGCGACCGUGGCCAGAUAAUUAGGUGGAAUAAUUCAUAAAACUAGUUCAUCCCAGGUGAGCUUCCCCACAAACCGGAUUCCUAUACAUAUGAACAGACCCUAUAACGCCUGCUGCACACGAGAGAAACUUGCUGAGCUGACCGCUUCGAGUGGUGGCUAGUUCGGCAUGUUUCUCUUGUGUGCGGAUAGUUUUCGUGAGGAUUUGACCUCUCGAGGCUUUGAGGAAAAUAUCUAUCGUGUUUGAUAUUUUUCAACUCGCAAGGAAAAUAUCUCAACGUGUGCGGAUGUUGUGAGCUUGGUGCUGAGCAGCUUGAAUUAACUAGCCAAUGAGAACCCAUGGUUUCUUCACGUGACUUUGAUCAAAAUGAGGACAAUGGAGGGAAAUGCAAACGAUUUAAUCAACAACGUUGCUGUUGAGUAGUUUCCCAACGGCGUUGUGCAUGCGGUGAAAAUGCAUAGCUGAGCUAACCACGCCAGGGGCGGAUCCAGGAUUUUUCGUACGUUAGUCAAAGUUUUCGGAUGUACAAUCUAGUUUUGCGGGCGGCGAAUGCGCGAGGCACCUAGGGGGGUCUGUCCCCCAGGAAUUUUUAUAUUUUUAAACCUCCAAAGCGCAAUUUGCAUCACUCUGAAAGCAGCUUCAACAAAAAAUUAACUUCAUGAAAUGGGAGAUAAUUAUAGCAACUAUCAGUCUGACUGACUCUCACAACUCGCUCCUUAGGGAAAAGUAAAGGAGAAGUACUUGCAGAAAUGUGAUAAUUGUGGAAGACGUUUCAUUUUAUCAAAUUACGGAUUGCAAGUAUUAUGUUUAACUAGCUCAUGAUAGUACUACACUCAUUUUUGUUGCCUAAUAGCCUUGUUGAGUCAUUGAUCACUUGACUAGUAAUCACUACAGUGUCAUAUUACUCAAAUAAACAUAUUAAUAUCAAAGUCUUAACAUUCAUCAAUAAAACCUGACCUUUAUAUCCUAUGUACACUGCAUUAAUGCAUUUAUAUAGGUUAUCCUCCAUAUUAAUAGCCUUCUGAGUUCUGACAGACCUUCAACCGCAAAAUUACAAAUAUGCAAAUUUGUUGUGUAAAUCAAAAUUCAUAGCUAAAUCUAAAUCAAGAUACGCGCAUUCAAGUUACAAUUUUACAUAUGCAACGGCGCACAUCUUGUUCGCUUAUAAAUAUUGUUAUGCUGUCUAAAACGAAAUGAAAUUUACAUAUCACAUUAAAUUUACCUUAUUGCACUUCAGAAUAAAGAUCUCGGCGCCAAUACUUCUACUGAAACAGUCAAACUGUAGUUCGUGCUAUUCGUGGCGCUUACGCCGCUAAGGCCGCUUAGCAACUGCUCACUGAAUGGAACUCUCCGAUAUUUAGCGUUGAUUUCCCUCCCAAGAUCAGCGCAACAGUCUUGUAAGACAGCUAAAUCAUUCACCGCAAAUGCGGAUUGAACCGUUUCGUGAAUACUACAAGGACUGCAGUCUGGAGCAGCAGACAUUUCCGAAUUUUCCGUAGAUAUCUUUAAAUUGAAUCUUUCGACAAAACUACAACACGACACUUCGAAUGAGCGCGCGCUCGGAAAGACUUUACCACGCGUCAAAUAUUAAUGAUAUUCCGACUAAUGGAGCGCCCCUGACUUUUGUAAAUCAGUCAGAACUCCCCACCGAUCAGUCAAAAUCGCAAAAAAUCGCUUGUUACCAUGGCAAUAAGCGUCUAGACCAAUCAAAACACUGGAUUUUGACUUUUUGACUGACCGACUUUGCGUAUGUCAGCUGCUCAUUGACUUGACUAAGCUCGUCGGCUCAAGCACUGUAUGAAAUUUGAUCACUGGACUACAGUUCGAUUGGAAUGUUAAUUGCUAGCGCUGCAUGAUAAUAGAUACUGGACUAUUAUAAGGUGUCGCUGCAUGAUAAAAAAUAACUGGACUAUUGGUCGAAUAUUUAAGACUUUAAUUAAGUUUGCAAUUUUUACGUUAGUCGCGCGACUGGUUUGACGACCCCUAGAUCCGCCCCUGAACCACGCAACGCGAGGCUGUCAGCUCAGCAAGUUUCUCUUGUGUGCGGCAGGCUUAAGGAAUAACAAAAGGCGAAAUAAAAGGCAUUUCCAAUAAAAAUAUAUCUUAUUCGGGUGAACCAAGUAGGUUAUGAGAGCAAAUUCAGUACUAAAAUUUGUAUUGUAUUAUUAUUGUAGUUUCUAUAGUUUUCGAUAAAUACCAUGUCUCUUUCAAACUGGUAACCGACGAUACCCAAACUACCAUAAUUAUCCGAUUUCUUGUCAUCUUCAAAAUGCAUCCAAAGUACUUUGUUCAAUUUCUUAUAGAAUAUCCCUGUCGUUGGUGUGGUGUUGGAGGCCAGCCAAUGCGGAUGCUCGAAAUCAGAUAUACUAAAAAUGGAAUUAAUUAUAUUGAAAACAAUUGACUGGAAAAUAUACGUCGCAACGCCCAUGAUAUUUUUACAACACGUAAGUUUUCCCUCAUGUCAUCACUGACGGUUAACUGGGAGAAAAUUUACCAUAGACACUUCCCGAACUUGUUUGAGUGCACACGAAACAAUAGUUAAAAAUCGAGGCGGACAGUGUAAUAAUUCGGGAAGUGUCUAUAUUGAUCGAAAAUACAAAACGCACGUGAUGCCUAAAAUAGAUGAUGAGUUAUAUCCAGACCUAUAGCUUGUUUUCUAAAACGUACAUGCAUCAAAAGCUAACGCUUUCGUAAGGAGGAUUGGGAGACGAACUUGAGUGCCACAAGAUUAGAAUCGUCCAGUAUACGAGACUCUUGGGAUUUCGAAAAUCCCGUAUAGGAUUUUUCUGGAUUAUUUUCCAAUUUUUUAAAAAAAAAUUUCGGAAUUUUUAAUGGUUUUGAACAGACUUUUUAAGCGUUUAAGGAUUUUUUAAGGUGUAAAGUAUGAGUUGUUUGGGAGUGAUAGAUCUCUUGAGAAUCGUAGCGAGUACAUAUACCAAAGCAUGCUAUAUACUAUAUCGCAAUUUGAAACCAUUCUUCAUGAAAUCUCUUUUAGGCUUUGGAAGUGUUAAAUCAGCAGCAGUUGCGGGAUAUGCAACUGAUCGUGAAUUAUAUUUAAAAUAUGCUGGUGUAUAAUCAUGGAUUUUUUGUCUCAAUAUAGUUCUAUCAGAUGCUUUUCGCAGCCUAUCGAUCGGACAUUAAAAAUAUUUCGGAAAAGUUGCUCGUUGAAGCUGAAGGAACGAUACAAGAGUGUAUGUGUAAAUGGCAACUGACGAAAUUUAAGGUACAUAUGAAGAUCUAGAUAGUUUAUUGCAAACAGAUUACAUCACAGUCCAUGUGCAUGCAUGCAGGCUAAAUUGCAUAAUUAAACGGUAAAUAACGUAGUGACGUAUGCUAAUUUAUUUACAAAGUUAUAAAUUAAAAAUUAUAUUGAUAAAAUAAGAACUUCAAGUUAUAAUGGUAUAAUGGUGAGAUGACCAAAAUCCUCAUAUUCACCCAUAUACACCGCACAUUGGCAUCAUCUUAGUAUUUAUGCAUAAACUUGUCGUCAGAGAUCGACAGCUGUCUCUCUGUAGCUCAGGGGCCACCAGGGGCCACUUGUUCAAAGCUGGGUUAGCUUAACCCUAGGCCUAGGUUAACCUAAAAUUCAAAGCAAACUUUCCAACAUCCUGUUAAUAUUUCUUCAGAGGUCUUGUCUGAGUCAGUAGAAGUUUUCUUCUCUGAAGUUUUGAAAUCCGCUAGUCCACCGGCCCCAGUUGGUUAGAGCGCUGCACCGGAAUCACAGGGCUACAGGUUCGCCGAUAGUUGCAUUUUUCGCAACUAACUACUCCUGGUUAGGUAUAAUAAAUGUAUAUAAAAAAUUCCACUCUCAUUAGUGUAAUUGGUAAAUAUCAGUAGAGACACUGGAGAGCUUCUAUAUACAACAUGCGUUUCAAUUAAAAAUUAUAGAAAAGAACAAAAAAGUAUAGAUUUACUCUUACUUGCAGCUGAUAUCUAAGCUGAAUUACGAAGGACGUAUAGCUCAACCUGAUCGAGUCGUUGACUCGUUGUCGAAAAUAGAAAAUUACAACUGAUUACAUUUAGCCAAUGAAUUUUCUUCACUUGACAAGUGGACUGCAUGACUAGUGAAAAAUAUAUUUGGGGCGCCUAAUCUAGUAUCGUAGAAUAAUAUGUUUACACACUAUGCACUAGCUGUCGAUACAUGGCGAAAUCAGUUAAUUGCCAAAACGUUAUUAUUAAAACGUUAAAAAUAUUCAUACACUUUUAAACGCAUAUUAGGAUCUUUCGGCAGCUUUUGUUUCUACCGAUCAGACCACACUUCACAGUGAUUAAACUUUUAAAUUUGUGUAAAAAAUUAAGCUGAGCGCUAAAUUUUGUCAAGAAAUCACGAAUUUGCCCUCGAUUUAUAAAAUUCUGACUUUGCACUGAAUGUCUUACCAGACGAAAAAAAUCAUUGCACGUGUUGCCACUUCUCUUGCGUCGGCAACGCGUUUAAAUUUAACCCGUUGUGUUGCACGCGCGAUAAAAAAUUGCACGUGUAACCUGGGCAUUAUAACUCAUGUCUGACAAUGGAGCACACCGACGGUGGAUGGGUCAUUUAGGGGCUGAUCCCAACCCUGUCAACAUUCCCUGUGGGAAGAAACCGGAGUACCCGGAGAACUCAUCACUGAGCUGUAUAAUAACUGGAGUGCCCGGAGAGAACUCAUGCACAAGUCUCGGUAGAGCGUUGACUGUAUGACUCUAUUUACAUGCGUAAGUGCAUGCCAAGAGUCUGCAGUGCGAGAAUCGAACCCGUGGACGUGGUCUCAGAGGUGAAAGGCGCUUGCUCUGAUACGAGACUUACCCAAUAUACAAAUAGUUUUACCAUGGACCUGGUUAUGCAACCUCGUUCCCAGCUGAUUAUGGAGUCACGCUUAUCCAACGAUAGUUUAUUCAUGCACAUCCAUGCAUGACUGCAUGGGUAUAUUGUACAUUGUUUUGUUUGAGGGAAACUCUUUUAAUCUCCGAGAGUUUUUUUUAAUUAUUUAAAGUGAAAUUUUUUUCCAGAGUUCGAUUCUGGCUUAUGCUGUUUUGGUUAGCAAAUUUCAAGGGAUUUUAGAUGAAACGCAGCUACAGACUAUACAAGACGUAGUGAAGGUAUGCUAUAUUGUCCACUGAGAUAAAUUCACUCAGUUUUCCCUAUUUCAUUUACAUUAACUCUAUUCACAUAUUUGCUUUUAAUUAUACAUAUACUGCUUUGAUAUAUUUCUAUGAUAAAACUACAAGAGAUGAGCCGAUCACAAAAAUUGCCGACUAGUGAGGCCAAUUAUUUUCAGGCCGAUUAUUCCAAAUAUAUAAUCUGCCGAUUAUCGUUAUGUUAGUAACCACCAGUCCCGUACAAACGACCGUACAACGCAGGUUCGAUUCCUGCCAGAGGGCAUAAUAAUAUAUAGUUGCAUUUUUCACAAACUGCAUACUUGAAAUUCCAUUUACAAAUUGCUUCAACAAUUAUUUUAAAAUCGGCUUUGUAUAGGUUAUUUUGAGGCAACGAGGGGAAUAGGGGAUAUGUGAUUUAUUCACCGAGGCGCACAGCGCCGAGGUGAAUAAACACAUAUCCCCGAGGUGCAUCAAAAUAACGUACUUAUUUUUCACAAUAGAGAGGUUAAGAUACCCCCGUUUCGGUUUACGGGUACGAGUAGUGUCAUCUUGUUUUACUGAUGUCCGUAAUUCGAUCAUACUUUUUGUGUUUUCUUGCAAUAGACAAUAAUAUAAUGCGACAAAUGUGCACCUUAAUUACGAGUAUAGGUACAGACAUCGACGAAAAUAUUGCUAACCAAAAUCAUACUACUCGUACCCGUACACCGAAACCGGGGUAUCUUAACCUCUCUAUUGCGAGGUCGCGUUGAUGAGUCAGAAUAGAAAUAAUUCUUAAUGCCAUAUUGCCUUCGUUAUGUUGUUUUUUUCUCAUUUUUUGUGCUGCAAAGACAUUGCAGGGGAUUAUUAAAUUAAACGGAAAUUGAUUACAGGGGAAUAUUGAAUAAUUAUAUUCCCGGAUAAAAACAAAGGAAACCGAGCAGGGUGAAAAAUAAGCCGCAAUUAAUUUCAUUUCAGUGAUUUCAAUACAACAACUAUAUAUAUUUUCAUUCAACUCUUUCAGAUCGACAAUAAGGAACUGUUCCAGUGCAAAGUUUUACUAAUGAAGGACAAGACUGACAAUCACACUAUUUCAAUGAAAGAACUCAGAACAGUCGAUGUAAUUCAUACAGACUCUAAAGAAAAACUAGAGGUUGUCAAAACGUGACAAAUCUUCAAACUAGGUGAUUCUGUUGAAGAGUACGGUGGGACUGCCUCAUUCUUUAAUAAAUCGCGUUUUAUUUAUCCAGGACAACUUUUAUUAAUUCACCAAUACACCCUUCCGGAAAGUCGUUUUCGUGAUUGAGAUGUUAGACUUUAACUAAUGUCACAUACCCGAAAACGAGGCUUUAAAGUGUGACGUACUACUUUCCGGAAGGGUGUAUUGGACUAUUCCCGAACAAAAAACUUUUUUAAAUGGACGAAACCCAGGCGGUGCGUUGGACCGAGGCGGUGCGUUGGACCUGGUUGGAUUUACCUUUGUAUAAACUAAGGUUUCAAACAAAUUAUAAUUUCCUGAAACUGAGAUUCUGACGAACUUCGAGGAUGGAGGAAGUGUACCGAGAUACUAAGCUUCAUUCUUAAUUAUACUAACUCCAGUGCUGCUAUUUUACAUACUGUAUAGCCAUUGAAGCCUAUAACAACUUUGGGUUACAAGUAAAAGUAUUUACUGUAUUUGUACGUUGUCAGUCUUUCUGAAUCGCUGCAUGUGGGGAGGGAGGAUUACUGUACAUAGGUGGAGGAUUAUUGUACAUACUGUAAUAUGAUGAAAUAAAUAAAUAUAAAACAACACAAUUCAUGGAGAGUUUUGACUUUUGAGUCUUAAGCUACGUUUACACGCUGCGAUUUGUCGGGCCGAUUUUGAAAAAAAAUCGAUGUCCCUUCUUCGACAUUUAGCGAUUUAAACGUUCAAUUGAAGCUGUCCGCUCUCUCGUCUGUUCAUAUUAUAGUUUUCUGCGUGCGAAAAGUUUUCAACAACUUUACAACGGAAGAAAAAUCGUUGAAUCGUGAGAAAAUCUGUGGUUUUGUUACAGAUUUUUCUCCCGAUUUUGUGAAUCGCAAUGUGCUGACGCGAGUACUCACGACAGGUUGUUUACAUACAGCGAGCAAAAUCGGCCCGACAAAUCGCAGCGUGUAAACGUACCUUUAUAAAUCAAGGUAACGUGAAUUUUUACAACAUGAAGUACAUCACACUGUGUGCUUAGUCUACCUCUUUUCAAUAUUUAACUGUGUUAACAGAUUUUUAAAAUACAGAAAUAUUGUUAAAUUAAUAAUUUUUCUCCACAACAAAGACAAAUCAAAAGGUGGCAAAUCACAAGCCAGGGUGGAAAAAAUACUAGAGCACGCGAGGAAAUUUCAACGAGUGCAGAACCACACGUCUCAGUCGUUUGAUCCAACAAUCCAUUCCACCCAUGGUUGACAUGAAUAAUUCCUUAACUUUAAAACCAUGUUUAGUAGACAGUAUUUAUGGCAAUAUGGUAAAUAUUGCG